AUGACGGGGUCAGGUUCGUUGUCAUCUCCGCUGUGCACGUGGCUAGUCGCGGCGUGCAUGUCGGUCACGUGCGCUAAGGAAAGCAAACACGCGUUGUCUCCACCAUCGUCUGCUGCUAGUAACAGAACUCGCAGACGGAAGGCCGCAGCUGCUGCAGCUGCCCUGAAAUGCAAUAGCAAUAACAAUAACAACAGCAGCAGUAUUAGUGGAAUCCUUUCUUCAAAUACAAGUUUGUUCAGUGGAGGUGGAGAAGGAGGAUCGAGUUUGCAAGGAUUGAUGAGCUCUUGUUUGGCUUUUGAACCUUGUAGUCAUUAUUACGCUUCUAAUGGACUUUUGAGAUCCAAUCGCAAGCUCAGACGACUCCAUCCUCCCGCUCUUUCCGGAAAAACCAUGGCUGUAGCUGUGCAACCUACAAAGGAAGCUGAGACAAAAAAGAAACCCCUUACCAAGCAGAGGCGAGUCGUUGUGACAGGGAUGGGAGUAGUGUCACCUCUUGGUCAUGAACCAGAUGUCUUCUACAAUAACCUUCUUGAAGGUGUCAGUGGCGUAACUCCCAUAGAGGCUUUUGACUGUGCUCAGUUUCCCACGAGAAUUGCUGGAGAAAUCAAGUCUUUCUCAACUGAUGGAUGGGUUGCACCAAAAUUGUCUAAGAGAAUGGAUAAAUUCAUGCUUUACAUGCUUACUGCUGGCAAAAAAGCCUUGGCAGAUGGUGGGAUUACUAAGGAUGUGAUGGAUGAGUUAAAUAAAACUAAGUGUGGAGUUUUGAUUGGCUCAGCAAUGGGUGGGAUGAAGGUUUUCAAUGAUGCAAUUGAAGCUUUAAGGAUCUCGUACAAGAAGAUGAAUCCCUUUUGUGUUCCUUUUGCAACUACAAAUAUGGGAUCUGCCAUGCUUGCAAUGGAUCUGGGAUGGAUGGGACCAAAUUAUUCAAUUUCCACUGCUUGUGCUACUAGCAACUUUUGUAUAUUGAACGCAGCAAACCAUAUCAUUAGAGGCGAAGCUGAUCUCAUGCUUUGUGGUGGCUCAGAUGCAGCAAUUAUUCCUAUUGGAUUGGGGGGUUUUGUGGCAUGCAGAGCACUUUCGCAGAGGAAUGAUGAUCCAGCAAAAGCUUCACGACCUUGGGAUAUGAAUCGGGAUGGAUUUGUCAUGGGGGAAGGAGCUGGUGUUCUGCUUCUAGAAGAAUUAGAACAUGCUAAGAAAAGAGGUGCCCAUAUCUACGCAGAAUUUCUUGGAGGGAGCUUUACUUGUGAUGCUUAUCACAUGACUGAGCCACGUCCUGAUGGGGUUGGUGUCAUUCUUUGCAUAGAAAAGGCAUUAGCACAGUCUGGGGUGUCUAAAGAGGAUGUGAAUUACAUAAAUGCACAUGCUACAUCUACACCGGCUGGAGACCUCAAAGAGUAUCAAGCUCUCAUGCAUUGUUUUGGCCAGAAUUCUGGUUUGAGGGUGAACUCAACGAAAUCUAUGAUAGGUCACUUAUUGGGAGCAGCUGGUGCUGUGGAAGCCAUUGCUGCAAUACAGGCAAUAAAGACAGGAUGGGUUCAUCCAAAUAUCAAUCUAGAAAAUCCAGAGCAAGGCGUGGACACAAGUGUAUUAGUGGGCCCGAAGAAAGAGAGACUAGACAUCAGGGCUGCGUUAUCUAAUUCAUUUGGGUUUGGUGGCCACAACUCAUCAAUCGUUUUUGCCCCAUUCAAGUGA